AUGCAAGUAAUGCUGCCCACAUCCCGGAACUGCUACACCGACGGUUACUACAACGAUUCUUUGUACAGAAACAGUGAGCUCAUCCUCCCCUCUGGUUACACCAUCUCUGAUAAGAACAAGGUUUAUAUCAUUGGAUGCCUUGGAAGCACAUCACAGUGGGCACUAGACUACCCGUGCAGCUACGGUUUCAUUGUGGAUGAUCGCAAUUUCACCUUCGCCGGGAAUGCAACUUUUAAAGAGAUGGACAGCAGCACAAACUCGCCGGAGCUUCCGGUGGCUGUUAACUGGGAAAUUGAAAAGGACAACUGUGAAGUUGCCCUCAAUAAUCAAACUUCUUAUGCAUGCAAGGCCGCAAAUACUGAAUGUGUCAACGGCACUUCAGGUGGAUAUUUCUGCCGGUGCCAGAAAGGUUACCAAGGGAACCCUUACGUCCUUGGUGGUUGCGAAGGUGUCUGUUUGAGCUUCCUUGUCGUAUUGAUUAUAACAUUUUGGAUAUACUGCGUAAUGAAAAGAAGAAAGUUCAAGCAACUCAAAGAGAAGUACUUCAAAGACAAUGGUGGCUUCUUGUUACAACAAAAAUUGGAGAAUUUUGACGGACCUCAAGCAGCCAAGAUCUUUACAAGAGAAGAGCUUAACAAGGCCACAAACAACUUCGAUGACAGCGGAAAAAUUGGCGAAGGUGGCUACGGAUUUGUUUACAAAGGAACAUUGCCGGAUAGAAAGGAGGUUGCCAUAAAGGUGUCGAAGAGUAAUGCCCCAAUGACCCAAAGUAAUCAGUUCAUCAAUGAGGUGAUUGUUCUUUCACAAAUCAACCAUAGAAAUGUGGUGAGGCUCCUAGGUUGUUGCUUAGAGACUCAAACUCCUUUGUUAGUUUACGAGUUUGUUAGCAAUGGCACACUUUAUGAGCACAUUCAUAAGAAGAAUGGCAAGGAUCUGCUUUCUUUUGGGUUACGAAUGAAGAUAGCAGCAGAAACAGCAGGAUCCCUAGCAUACUUGCACUACUCCACAUCCAUGCAAAUCGUGCACCGAGAUGUGAAGGCAACUAACAUCCUACUGGAUGAGAAUUUCACUGCCAAAGUAUCAGAUUUUGGAGCUUCAAAAUUGGUUCCCGAAGAUCAAAAUCAACUGUCUACUUUAGUGCAAGGCACGCUAGGGUACUUGGACCCUGAAUAUCUUCAAUCAAACACACUGACGAAGAAAAGUGAUGUCUAUAGUUUCGGCGUUGUUCUUGUCGAGCUUAUAACGAGUCAAGUGGCAAUUUCUCACAAGAAGCCUGAGGCAGAGAGAAACCUAGCGAACUGUUUUGUAACGUCAGUGGAAGAGAAUCGCUUGGCUCAUAUUCUUGAUCUUGAAAUUAUCAAGGAGGGAAGCUUUGAAAUAGCUGAACAAGUAGCCCAUCUCGCCAAAAGAUGUUUAAGUUUGAAAGGAGGAGAUAGGCCUACCAUGAAAGAAGUAGCAAUGGAGCUAGAGGCAAUACUGGCUGUUAUGUCAAAGCAUCCAGGAGGAAAGCCUGACUCCUCCCCCAAAGAGACCGAUUACUUGCUUGCAGCGUCACCUUCAAACGCUUGCGUUGUUGAUGUUAGAAGUGAUGAAGGUGAAGUCAUAACCAGCAUAGAUUAUGACCAGAGCAUGCAGAUUCAAUCCCAGAUGAUGAAGCCUCAUGAUGGUGGGAGAUACAUCUCUCUCACUCCCACGCGCCGCCGCCUCCCCUACAGCUCGUCUCCAUCGAUCCCAAAAUCUGGCGAGCCUGCGCCGGCAACUCCGUCUCCAUCCCCACCCUCCAUACUAGGGUUUACUACUUCCCCUAAGGCCACCUCGAACACUCCACCAACUCCGCUUCUUCUCUCCCCUCGUGUUCUCUCCAAGCCCCUCAUUCUCUGCCGCAUCGCCGCCGUCGACUUCCUCGCCAAUCCCACCACCAACGAGAUCGUCACCAAGGUCCUCCUCCACCCCGUCCAUCCUGGACUCUCCUCUCACCACGGCUCUGCCGUUAACCUGGAAAGGUCGAGAUUGAGAUUGACGUUGGCCGACUUGGCGAGCUCGGGCUUGGUCGGGCUUGGCCGCGCGCCUCUUCCGGGUGGUGGCCUUGACGGUGGACAUGCCCUCCAUACUCCUGCUGCGUCAAGUGGUAUCUGGAGCCAGACGUUCCUGUCUCUUGUAUCCUUGAUCAUGGGUGACGUACCGAUUACUAGAGCAGACUUAGAAGGUAUCCUAGAAGGUGUUACUGCGACUUUUACCGCAGCCCUUGCUACGUUGACUAAUCAGGUGAACGAAUUGAAGACUGAUAAUAACAAUAAGAAGCGUGGAGAAAGCAGAGAUAUUCCUCAACAUAGGGUUCUACGAGGGAGAGGAACCACAAUUGCUAGCUGCUCUGAGUCUGAUUCAGAAGAUGAAGCGGUUGAUCAUGCGCAAUUAGGGCAAGAUGAUAAGGAUUUCAGGAUGAAGGUUGAUAUCCCUUUCUUUAAUGGGAUGAUGAACGUGGAGGAAUUUGUGGAUUGGCAAAUUGAAGUGGACAGAUUCAUGGAGCAUAUGAAUGUCGCAGAACAUAAGCAAGUGAAGUUGGUGGUAGCUCGUCUCAAGAGCACUGCGGCAGUUUGGUGGGAUAAAUUGGCAUUGACGAGAUUGAGGCAAAGGAAAAAACCAGUCAAGAAUUGGCGGAGGAUGAAACAAUUGAUGACAGAACGAUUUUUGCCGGAGGACUAUGAACAGAUUCUUUACAGGAUGUACCUAGAUUGUGUUCAGGGGGCGAAGACUGUAACAGAGUAUACCGCUGAGUUUGUGCGUCUUUCUGAGCGCAAUGACUUAGGCGAAUCUGAAGGGCAGAAGGUUGCUCGGUACAUCAGUAGGUUGAGACCUUCCAUACAAGAGAAGAUUCGCUUGCAAACUAUGUGGUAUGUGACUGAGGCUGCAAGCUUGGCGAUAAAGGCGGAGCUGAUGGAGAAGUCCCCUAGGGUUUCUUUUCAAUUCCCAAGAUUCACUAGUCAGAGGAGUACUGAAGUCAGGAGUUCAAUGGGAGAUCAAGGAAAAACGGUGUCGCAGAAUACAGGUGGAAUGGCCACCAGGGCAUUUGGUGCUGUUGGCAGUACUAGCAGAGCGACUCGGGCAGCACCUGUGCAGCGACCUUUUAACCCUUAUGCAAGGCCUUUUCCAGGAACUUGUUAUAAGUGUUUACAGCCUGGUCAUAGAUCCAACGAGUGUACUGCACCUCCGAAGGUGGUUAACGCAGUUCAGGCUUUGGUCGAGGCUUGUGAGGAAGACGAGACGGAGGAAGGAGGCGAUGACUAUGAAGGGGCUGAAUUUGCAGUGGAAGAUUCUCCAGAAAAGGUGAACAUUGUAUUGCAGAGAAUUUUGUUGUCUCCCAAGGAGGAGGACGGUCAACGUAGGAACAUUUUCAGAUCGUAUUGCUCUGUCAACAACAAGGUGUGUAAUAUGAUUGUGGAUAAUGGGAGUUGCGAAAAUUUUGUUGCUGAAAAGUUGCAUUAUAUGGAUGAAGUAGUUUGUGAUGUUCUGGACAUGGAUGCUUGUCAUAUUCUGUUUGGGCGUCCUUGGCAGUAUGAUGUUGAUGUUACUUACAGGGGUCGGGAUAAUGUGAUGUUGUUUAUGUGGGGUGAGUUCAAGAUUGCUAAGGCUCCUGUGGUGAACUUUGUCAAACCUGUAGAAAAGAAGAGGGAGAGCUUUCUGAUCUUGUCCAGGAAUGAGCGGGAGAUAGAGGAAGACUUUAAGGAGUCAGAGUUGUGUUGUCUUGUGGUGAUUAAGGGGUUGUUUAGUGCAGAGAAAGAACCUGUGGAGAUCCCUGAAGAGGUACAACAGUUGCUUAAGGGAUUUGAGGAAUUGAUUUCCGAUGAGCUACCAAAUGAGUUACCACCCAUGCGAGACAUCCAACACCAGAUUGAUUUUAUUUCAGGUGCCAGCUUACCAAAUCUUCCCCCUUACCGUAUGAGUCCUAAAGAGAAUGAGAUCUUGAGGGAGCAGAUUGAGGACUUGCUGAAGAAGGGGUUUAUUCGUGAGAGCAUGAGCCCUUGUGCAAUUCCAGUCCUUCUGGUUCCUAAGAAUGGCAACCAAUGGCGGAUGUGUGAGUCAGUUAGAGCUAAAUUGGAGGCCACUAAUGCAAAGAAUAAGGCUGCCGCUGAUAAGCAUCGCCGGAUUAAGUUGUUCAAGGAAGGUGAUGACGUAAUGGUGUUUUUAAGGAAGGAAAGGUUUCCUGUUGGUACCUACAAUAAGCUGCAACCCAAGAAGUAUGGUCCUUUCAAGGUACUACGGAAGAUCAAUGACAACGCUUAUGUUGUUGCACUUCCCGCUUUUAUAUCAAUUUCAAAUACCUUUAAUGUGGCUGAUAUUUAUGAGUACCAUGCGGAUGAGGCUCUUUAUUCUAUUGAGAACUCGGGGUCGAGUUCUUCGGAGGUGGAGGAGACUGAUCGCGCUCCAGGUUUUGGUCCUAUAGAGUUUUUCGCUGGAAGACUCUCCACUUAUUGGGGUUUAACGCUGGUUAGCCCUCCAUACUCCUGCUGCAUCAUUGGGGAACCCUCAACAGUGAAGCGUACACAUGACCUAACACCAUCAAUGACAACGCCGAUCUCAACAGCGGCGGCGGUGGCUACGACAUCAAUCCCGGCGACGUCAACCCCAUUAGCGUCGAUCUCAGCAGCGAGCCGCACAUCGACAACUAUCACGGCAGCAACAGAGGAUGUUACUGCCAUCGUCAAUUUGGUUGCUCCUUGCGAACCAUUUGAGAGACCCUUGGGACUGGAUUUUAUUGAGGGUGGAGGAUCUUUGUCUCUGCCAAAGACCCAAUCUCGAACACAGACCUUUGCUUCCAUUGUUGGAGGUUCAAUUGAUACAAUUGACCCUACCAUCAUUUGCCAACUACCAAACCCAGAGAAAUUUCGCACUAAUCUCAUUGGUAGACUUCUACUUCGUAAAGGAUCGGUUCCUAUGAGAACUGAUUCUCUGAAAGCUUCCAUUGCGGCUCAGUGGAACACUACGAACCCAUGGCAGUUGGUUCCAUUGGUAACCCUAGCAUCUUCUCAAGCGCCAAGGCCUGCAACCUGCUCCGACCGCUGCGGUGAUGUCGAAAUCCCAUAUCCAUUCGGCAUAGAGCCUAGCUGUUACAUAGAGGUGCCGGAACAAGAUGAACAGCAAUUCAAGGUCACCUGUGACCACGCCACCACGCCACCGUUACUCAAGUUCUUGAACGGUGAUAUCCUCAACCAAAGCAUUACUAACAUUUCUGUAGGUGAGAGUGAGAUGCAAGUAAUGCUGCCCACAUCCCGGAACUGCUACACCAACGGUUCCUACGACGAUUCUUUGUACAGAAACAGUGAGCUCAUCCUCCCUUCUGGUUACACUAUCUCUGAUAAGAACAAGGUUUAUAUCAUUGGAUGUAACAAAAUAGCACUAUACCAAGGUUUUGUUACCCAAGUCGAGCCAGAGCGAACAGAAAUCGAGAAGCUGGGGACAACCGGGGUGAGCUUGUGCCAAGAUCUACUCGGAGCGUUGUCCAACAAUUGCAGUGGCGUCGGGUGUACCCAAAGGACCAUCAUAAGUGGACUUCACAGUAUUAACUUGGAUGUGUGGACAAUCGGUACUGGCCUUGGAAGCACAUCACAGUGGACACUAGACUACCCGUGCAGCUACGGUUUCAUUGUGGAUGAUCGCAAUUUCACCUUCGCCGGGAAUGCAACUUUUAAAGAGAUGGACAGCAGCACAAACGCGCCGGAGCUUCCGGUGACUGUUAACUGGGAAAUUGGAAAGGACAACUGUGAAGUUGCCCUCAAUAAUCAAACUUCUUAUGCAUGCAAGGCCGCAAAUACUGAAUGUGUCAACGGCACUUCAGGUGGAUAUUUCUGCCGGUGCCAGAAAGGUUACCAAGGGAACCCUUACGUCCUUGAUGGUUGCGAAGGUGUCUGUUUGAGCUUUCUAGUCGUAUUGAUUAUAACAUUUUGGAUAUACUGCGGAAUGAAAAGAAGAAAGUUCAAGCAACUCAAAGAGAAGUACUUCAAAGACAAUGGUGGCUUCUUGUUACAACAAAAAUUGGAGAAUUUUGACGGACCUCAAGCAGCCAAAAUCUUUACAAGAGAAGAGCUUAAGAAGGCCACAAACAACUUCGAUGACAGCGGAAAAAUUGGCGAAGGAGGCUACGGAUUUGUUUACAAAGGAACAUUGACGGAUAGAAAGGAGGUUGCCAUAAAGGUGUCGAAGAGUAAUGCCCCAAUGACCCAAAGUAAUCAGUUCAUCAAUGAGGUGAUUGUUCUUUCACAAAUCAACCAUAGAAAUGUGGUGAGGCUCCUAGGUUGUUGCUUAGAGACUCAAACUCCUUUGUUAGUUUACGAGUUUGUUAGCAAUGGCACACUUUAUGUAGCACAUUCAUAA